AUCGAACCCUGGGCUAGCAUUGCAGACGAGAGAAUCAUUGACAUUAACUCCCAUAUUAUGAAAAAAAUGUGUUAGUUGUUAAGUAGUGUAAGUUUAGUUAAAAAAAAAAAAAAAAAAAAAUGGGCACCGUGCUUAGUUUUUCACCGCGCGAGCGACGUCCCGUGUAUGCAUCGAGUACAACGGGCGAUUUCACAUUAAAUAACUUUUCUUACGAACAAUUGAAUAACGUGAAAAAUCGCGAUUCGAAAAGUAACUGCAGUGUAACAAAUUCCAACAACCACAAUUUGUGCAACAAUAUUAAUAAUAAUGAAAACGCGAGGAUUAUAUCGGAAAAAAACGCCUUGGAAAAAAAUUUAAGAAAACAUUCCUUGUUCAUAAACGCGCUAUCCUGGAAACGAUUCUCCACGACAAACAACAACAAAAAGAAACUAGACAACAACAAAAACAAGAACAUAACAGUGUUCAGACAACCUCUUGUCGAUAAUGUCCAUCCGGUUAUAGACAAAAACAAAAAUAUCCAUCAAAACAAACAUGGCUCGUAUUAUUCGAAUUCGAAGAGCACGUCAGCUUUAGCCUUAGACAUUGUUAGAGUGAAUAACGCAAAUAACAAUACUAAUAAUCAUUUACACUGCGAGAAAGUCGUUAAUAAACAAGUUAUAUUAAACCAGAGUUCGAUCAACUCGCAAAAUCAGGUUGUUCCCGUUGCUGCACCCAAAAAGACUGUCAUCCAAGCUUCCACCUCUGAAUUAUUGAAGUGUUUGGGGAUGUUCCUACACGCCAAAUGCUACAAAUUGAGAGAUUUUCAAGCUGGAGAUGCCGUCAUGUGGCUAAGAACUGUUGAUAGAAGUUUAUUGUUGCAAGGAUGGCAGGAUGUGGCUUUUAUCAAUCCAGCCAACGUAGUUUUCGUCUAUAUGCUGGUUCGAGAUCUAGUGAAAUCUGACAUAGAAUGCGAACAGGAUCUUCAAGCUGUUGUUCUCACUUGUCUUUACCUCUCCUACUCUUAUAUGGGAAACGAGAUAUCGUACCCUCUGAAACCGUUCUUAGUGGAAGACUCUAAAGAAAAAUUUUGGGACAGAUGCCUCGAUAUCGUCGAUAGGCUUUCCUCCAGCAUGCUGAGAAUCAACGCAGAACCGGGAUACUUCACCGAAAUAUUUACGGAAUUGAAAGCUUGCGGUAUUGGUAAUAUUGUAGCUAAUAAUAUGGCUGCUGUGGGUAGUCAAACCGUACCCGUAUCUGUAGUUUCGUGUAAUUCUGGAGCAACAACGCCAGCUUGACGUAAGGAAAUUACAAUAGUGAAAUUGAGUUUGGCUGAUUUACCAACAGUACCAUGUGAAGUUUGAAUAAAUAUUUUGUAUCUUCCAAAUGUUACUGUAGUUAGAUGGAAUUUGACAAAUCUGUCAUACGGUGAGGCCAAAUUUUCAGAUAAAAAACCCGUCGUCGAAAUCGGGAUAAUACCGAGUGUAGUUUUAGUAGAGAUUUUUGAGGAACUUUGAAGAACGAUUCUUUUCUAAAGUUCUUUGGGAACUAAGUUCAAUUACUAAGUAAUUUAUGAAAUUAAUAGUUUUAAGUCUUAAAUUAAAUUUACAAAUUUGGGAUGAACCUAAUGAUUUUAAAACUUUUAAACUUUUCGUAAAUAUUAAAUUUAAUUCCAGAUAGAAUAUAUAUUUAUAGACAAAAGGUGCGUAGCUGUUUGAUCGAUCUGUCAAAUUCUCGAUUGAAUCGUGGUACCUAAUUAUUUUCGUUAAUAUUUUUCCCGAAGACGUAGAAAUGAAAUUUAUCUCUUCUUGUAAAAUAACUACAUAGUAUAUAUAGAGAUAUCCUUUCUAUAACAGAUUUUAUAGAAAACGUUUAUCGUUAUUCACAGAUCGAUGAAUGAAUAUUUCGUAACCUUGAAAUACUUUUUGCUUUGUUAAAGGAGUAAUUAUAUUUUGUCCUUGAAUAAAUUUCUCCGUCUUGAUUAUAUAUUAUAUAAGACCGUUUUUCGUUAUCGAGAAAAAUCCAAUGGAUCUGCGGAAAAAAGAACUUGCGACCCGAAAUUAAUCAUAUAUUUCACGCAAACCGCACAUUAAUUAAUAUGAUGAUUCAUCGAUUAAAAUAAUAACUAGUUUUUUAAAUUGAAGUAGAUGAUAAUUGAUGAGUUGGUAAAUUUAAAUUCUACGUUUUUUUUAUUAUGAAUUCAAAAUGGAAACCCAUAGACACAUAUUUUACAAUAGUUCACAUAAUAUUUGAUUAAGUUAAGUUUGAAUUAUAAGACCUUUGACCCACCAAAGCAACGUAACAGCAAAACUCCAUAUGACGCAAACAUGUAAUUGUUCCACCAUAACCACGAUGUUUUUUACAUUCAAUUUAUUGGACAAUGUCCACUCCAAUGUUUCCUGAUGUCAAGCCAAAAUAUGCUUUGGCUGAAGUAGCUAUCCAAUAUCAGAUGUUAAAUUUAAAAAUCAAAAACUGCA